CUGGUCACGUUCACUCGUCGUCCGGUGGUGGUUGCUUCGUCCUAGAAAGUUAGGAAUCUCUACGAUGGGGAUUUCUCUUCUUUAUCAACCUUCCCACGUUUCUUGCCACUUCUUGAGCAGCACUUACACUCUCCCACUUUCCAAUUUGGAAACAAAGCAGCUACAUUUGCCAUUCUUCCCGGCAAGGCUUCCAGUUCCUGCUAAGAGAUUCCCAAGAAUGGGUAGCAGGUACGUAGCUAGUGCAGCCGCUGGCGAGCCGCCGGCGAAGGCACUCCGGCGUCUCCUUGAGUCACCUGGGAUUCAUCAAGGUCCCGUCUGCCAUGAUGCUCUCAGCGCUAAGCUCAUAGAACGAGCCGGCUUCCCGUUGGCCUUCAUGGGCGGAUUUGCGGUUUCAGCUGCGCGGUUAGGUUUGCCAGAUGUUGGGCUUAUUUCCUAUGGAGAAGUGCUUGAUCAAGGAUAUCAGAUCACACAAGCUGUAUCAAUUCCUGUGGUUGGAGAUGGAGACAAUGGGUAUGGGAAUCAUAUGAAUAUCAAGAGAACUGUGAAAGGCUUCAUUAGAGCAGGAUUUGCAGGGAUCCUUCUUGAAGACCAGACGAAACAGCAUGGGCCA